ACCAGUGAUAGGGGCGCUGUUCUCUGUCCUGCUUGCAGUUUUCUGUUAUUGAAAGAGGACAACAGCAUGGGGGAAGCCGAGGUUGUUCCAGCCGACGAAAAACAGGCAGACUCGGGGAUCAGUCACAUCGAAGACUCGGUGGUAUGGAGUCAAGAAGUCGAGGUGUGCCUGUUCCAUGCAAUGCUAGGUCACAAACCCGUAGGGGUAAAUCGUCACUUUCACAUGAUCUGCAUCCGGGAUAAAUUCAGCCAGAAUAUUGGGAGGCAAGUGUCAUCAAAGGUGAUCUGGGACCACCUGGGAACUAUGUAUGACAUGUCAGCCUUGCAUGAGUCUGAAAUAUUGCCGUUUCCCAACUCAGAGAAGAGCUUCAAUCUUCCAGACGAGAUUAUUCAACAAGUAAAAGAAGGUAAACUGGUAUCCGAGGACGACAUGAAAGACGAUUUCAAAGAAGAACGAGACCCCCCAGCCAUGCAUGAAGAAGGCAGCAACUCCUCGGUGAAGAUGACAGAGAGGAUGGGCAGCAAAGACAAGGACAGAGAAAGAGACCGAGAGAAGGGUUCCGCUGAGGGCGGCCCGGGGAAGGAGGCAGCAGACAAGAGGAAGAGGAACCGUGCCACUGAGAAGGUGCUCAACUCCAGCAGCAACCCCUCCAGCCCCGGUGGAGCCAAGCGGAGAAGGACCUAGGCCAAGCCACCAGGAGGCGCCCUCCAGAUAUCAUCCACUGCAGAGAGCAGGAGACACCAGGGAGAGGAGGAGAGACCUGGGACUGAAGAGACUCAUCUGUGAAGCCUGGAGGGAAGAGGYGGGAGAGAAUGACAGGAGAGUGACAUUUUAUGAGUAAUAGAUAAUAGAGCUAUUUGGACAAUGCUGAAUUUGUGGACAGGUAUCCAGGAUACCUCAUGAAGAACUUUUAAGCCCACAGAAGCUGCAAUUUUAGUAUGUUGUGUUUUCUCAGAACAACUAGAAGGAUGUAGCAUUCCCUGUUGCCACACAAUCUCUGAAAACCACACCGCAAAAGCAGUGUGAUGACUACAACACUGAAUCGUAUCGGUCAUGAUGAUCAAUAUACUGUCACAGCAUCUGGUAUAUUUGGACCAUCCCAUCCCACCAGUCCUCAGCUGUGCUGUGGAUCAGAGGCCAGCAUGACAGUUUACUAAUAUUGACACAAUUCAAGCUGAUGCAUAUCAAUGCUUCUGCACUGACGUCAGAAUAAGUGUAAUGGUACUAGUGCUUGUGUUAUGUGAAGUUCUCUUGUUUGGCUUUGGAGAAAUGCUGGACUACUAAAUCACAUCAAUACACUGUAUGUGACUGGCUGGACGCUUGCAUUAAUUGAUUGUCAUUUUUUUGAGUUCUGAGCUGUUACAAGUGGUUAUAAACAAAUGUAUAGAGCUACUCAUGGUAGUGUACCUCGUCCACCUCUUCUAGUGACUGCCAACCAGAUUGUCAUUGUGCCUCCUUAUAUCUGUAUAAACUGUAGUUGCCAGUGGUGCAAAAUGUUGGUAAUUUUUCUACAGUCAUUAUUUAAUGUAAUUUUGUCCUUGGGGAUUAUUGAAUCUGCAUGUUUUGGUAAUUGCUCAAAAUUAUUUUUUGUCUGUCUCAAUGACUGACUUCUCAGAAUCAAAUAAAACAAUGUGUAGCUGUAGUCUCCAUCCAUGUGAGAUAUGUUAUUUUGUUUGUCUAUUUAUUUGACAUGUUCCAAUUUAAGGCAUAUGUCCCAUUAAAUAUGAGUUUGGACUAAGUU